UUUUGCGGCAUUUCCUUUGUUCGAGUACACACACACAUAUACUACAUACAUAAGCAUAGGUAGAUAGGUCCCCGAAACGCCAGGUGUUUUUCACGGACAACGGACAACGGAUACGUAACUUAAGCAGCCGUCUUCCUUAGUCCUUAUACACAUACAUGCACACUCACCCCUGCGGCCGUACGCACUACCACCAAUCACCGAUCACCGAUCACCGACUAUUGUCGGUUUUCAGCUGCUGCUGCUGUUUUACGAAGCUUACAGUGCGGCACCCGAUAAAUCGUGUACAGUACACUCACAGUCCGGUCGUUUUACGUAUGCAUGUGCGUGCCCAAGAAUCCACCGGAAGUGCGUCUUCGUCUUCUUCUCAUACGUCGCCAUCGUCUUCGUUUGCGUCGUACAAGUUCGCGUUCAUCCGGUUUUUCUCGCCGCCACCCUAUAGCCAAGCCCUUUGCCACGGGCCGACGCUGUCCACAGGUGGUUGCGACUUGUCCAUCGCAAUCCGUGUCAAGGACAUUGUGUUGUGAAACUAUCCUCUCGCCCCGUGUGCGUUGAAUACUGUGUGUGUGAUUUGGCAUCAUUUACUCAGUCAUCUCGUCCUGGUCUUCUUGAAACCCGUACCAUACAACAGCUUACGUUUACAUCUAUUGUUACCACCAUGGUGUCCCCACUAUCCCGAUUGCAGUCCAAGACAUUCCCAGCCAUGUCUUCCAUGCUACAAGAAAAGGAAAAUUAUGAAGAGCUAAAUCAGAUAGGAAAUGGAGCAUAUGGUACUGUGUAUAAGGGCAGAGAUCUUGUCAACAAGGGAAAAUUUGUGGCUAUGAAAAAGAUCAAAAUUCCUUUAGCCCAGGAUGGUGUGCCCAUGACUACUCUGCGUGAGAUUGCUCUACUCAAACAACUUGAUCAACAACAACAUCCGAAUAUUGUCAAACUUUUGGAUGUAGUACAUGGUCCUAGACUAUAUAAUGAAAAAUGCAUGACACUUUAUUUGGUGUUUGAACACAUUGAACAAGAUUUAGCCACCUACAUGGCACGAUGUCCAAAACCAGGAAUGUCUUCUGAAAUCAUUAAGAGUGUUAUGCGACAAAUAUUAUCAGGAGUUGACUUUCUUCACUGCAAUCGUGUUGUACAUCGUGAUCUCAAACCACAAAAUGUUUUAGUGUCCAGUGACCUAAGAAUUAAAAUUGCUGAUUUUGGUCUAGCCAAAAUAUAUGAUUUUGAUAUGAAGUUGACCUCAGUUGUUGUAACAUUAUGGUAUCGAGCACCUGAAGUUUUAUUAGGUUUACCUUAUGCUACUGCUGUUGAUGUGUGGGCUUGUGGCUGUAUUAUGGGAGAAAUGUACAAAUUAUCUCCUUUAUUCGAUGGUGAAUCUGAAGCUGAACAGUUAGAUAGGAUAUUUAGGGUGAUUGGUCUACCAUCUGCAUUAAAUUGGCCAAAGAAUGUUUCUUUAUUGAGAAGUUCUUUUGAGUCUUAUCCACAGACUUGUUUGAAGACUGUAAUCCCCGAUCUAUGUUCUAAGGGAGAAGAUUUGUUAAUGAAAAUGUUGAUAUUUGACAGUACUGAACGAGUGUCAGCUCGUGAGGCUUUGAAACAUCCAUACUUUAAUGAAACAUAAAUUUGAUUUUAUCUUCCUUAGAGACUAUUAAAAAGUUUAUUUUAAAGCAUGCAGAUACUUAGUUUGUAUGAGUCUAAGGCAAUGUAUAAGUUAUUAUACUAAACAGUAUUGCAAGUCUCAAAGAAAAUAAUAAUAUUCCUAAUUAGAAGUUACAAUUUGAGUUCCAAUGUGGUUAACCAUUUGCGUAGAACAGUUACCAAAAUAUUAUAACCAGUACAUAUUUGUUUACCAACUAAUUAAUUUUAAGAUCUCUCACUGUUUAUAUCCAACUUUGGAUCUCGGAGUUUUGUAAUUGACCAUACAUUUUAAAAAUUAUUUUAUUUUGCUCAAUGACCAUACUUUUUAAUCAGUAAAUCAAAAGACUUGCCAUUUUUCUGUCUUUGCUGACUUACUUUCCGUGUUAACUUCCUUUUGUCUGUACUUGUAUAAUUUAAGGUUUUUUUCUAGUAUUUUUCAUUUUAUGCACUAAUUGGAUUUUAGUGCAAAAAUAAAUUUUUACUUCCAUAUGAUAUCUUGUACA